AUGAAGACGAUAAGAUGGAUAGAUGGAGAUGGAGAUUGUGGUAAAGUCGUGGUGGUUGUACUCGAUACCACUGUCACUGACGUUGCCGUUGUCGUUGCCAAAGGGAAUGUUAAGGUUAUGAAACGAGCCACUAAAGUGGCUAUCAUUGCGAUAGUACUCUUUUUCAAUCUUCUUUUCAUAUUUUUUCAUUUGCGCAAUCUCUUCACGGUUUUCGAUAUCGUAGGCGCAUCAAUUGAUGGAUACAUUCCUAGGCCGGUGAAGGAAGGUCAAGAUAGAGCUGUUGUGAUUCCACAUAUGCAAUCUGAAGAUAUAUCAUGGGUUGAGGAAUAUUUACCCGAUUGGCAAUCAUUUAUCUACUCGGUUGAUAACCCAGAUGCCGAACUCCACACGCCGAAUAAAGGCCAUGAGUCAAUAGUAUACCUCACCUACAUCGUCGACAACUACGACAAACUCCCCUCCACAAUCGCCUUCUUGCACGCCCACCAAUACGGCUGGUGGAAUGCAUGGCACACGGACGUACCUGGACACGACAAUGUUGUAUCACUCAACACCCUCAAUCUCGAUUUCGUACAACAGCAAGGCUAUGUGAAUCUCCGCUGUGCGCUAAAGCCCGGCUGCAUAUCAUCGGAACUGGCCCACAACACACAUGUCGAUGCGGAGAUAUGGAGCCAAGUAUUCGGGAACGAAACGCAGGUACCCGAUGAAAUUGGUGCGACGUGUUGUGCGCAAUUUGCGGUGUCUAGAUGGCAGGUGUUAAGAAGAAAGAGGGAAGAGUAUAUCCAUUAUCGGGAUUGGGUGCUGCAAACUGAGCUGCCGGAUCGGAAGAGCGGGAGGGUCAUGGAGUAUCUUUGGCAUAUCAUUUUUGGGAAGGAUGCUGUGCAUUGUCCGGAUCCAGAACAAUGCUAUUGUGAUGUAUAUGGAAGAUGUGAUGAUUGA